AUGGAGAUCAGCUCAUCCAUGUUGAAAACCAACAUGGGCUCAACGCCGAUCCUCUCCGCCGCGCUCAUUGCCAUCCUUCACUGUUCAGAACAUGUAGGAUGUGCCGCUUUCACGCCCUCCCCCAUGAUGGGUCUACGAGGCUUGAGCGCUGCAAUGAUAUCCAAACCAUCCCAGAGCAAGACCUCCGUAGCUGUGGACGUCUGGGGCCCUGGGGGAGGAGGUGGAAUGGGAGGUGAGUGGAUGAAGGCGUGUAGAGGCUCGGAGAUGAGAGCGUCGAGCAGGAGGAAGGGGAUGGUUUGGGAGUUGGAACGGAGGGGGAGGUCACAGUCCGAUGUGCAAUUGUUUCUGUUUUUGAGUGAAGAAACAAAUGUGAUGUUCGUUGCCGAUGCCAAGAAGAAGAGUUCAGAGCGGAAUGCUGUGGAGAAGGAGACAGGGAUCAAGUUCCCUGUCAUACUUGACAGCGGCAAGAAUGACAAAGAAACAAACAUGAGGCUGAUCUCAGCUGGUUGCGUGUCAAGACGGCCGUGGUGGAAGCAUGGGGAGGAGGGCGAGGGCGAGGACGCGGAGGAGGAGGCGGACGAGGACGAGGACGAGGAGGAGGAGGUGGAGUUUUCCGCUGAAGGAAUUUUGCAGCCAUGGAAGAAGAUAAACGAGUACGCGGUCGGGUUGUAUGUGGACGCAACUGCUGCAAAGGCGGCAGUGAAGGCAAAGGGAGGAGGGAAGGGAAAGCGGAACGAGAAGCAAGCAGCCUACGAGGUUCUCAUGGACGAGGAAGUGAAGAUGAAGAGAGUGAUUAGGAUAGUGCUUGCCACUGAGAACGACUCUCAUCGCUUCACCGAGUUGAUCAACGACAGGAUUGAGGAGAAGAUGGCAAGAAAAAGCUUCGUCGACCUUGCUUUCCUUGAGCUGUGGCGCAACUGGAUGGUGAAACAGGGAGGAUACAAGCAGAAGCUGUCGAAAGGAUUGGAAGUUCGAUUCACCUGGGAUGCUGAUGGAAGCUUCAAGACCGAGUUCUUGCGCAAGAACAAGAUGCUGCUGGACAAGAAGCUUGACAAACCUGUACUGAGCUGGGCCGUCUUCGAGGCCUUCCUGGGUGAGCUUUCUAGAGGAUAA